GUCUGGUUCCCAUACUACACUCCUCCUGGACAAGAGCACGUGAGUUCGCGGACGGCAUUUCCUCAGUGUUCCCCUGGACGAGAGACGAGACGGGAUCUGACUCAUGUGUGUAUAGGGAAGACCUGCUGGUGAAAGAGCCUGCGGUCGCAGCUCCAUACAGACCAGCACGGGGACCCAAGAGGAGCCGAAGACGGAGAAACAAAAACACGCCCACACUCACUGUACGCACGCCUCUGGUAUGCCUGUGGAAAAUGAGUCAUCUUGCAGGAGUUACAGGAGGCUGGCUGGUUGGCUGGCUGUCCCGAACUUUAAAAAAUGGUAGUCUGGCCAGGCCAUCACAGAGACUCCUGCAUGGAUCAUAAAUCAUAAUAACAUGGAACAGUGGUGUCAUAUGACUACGGUUUUAGCGCUGCUGCUGACCGACACCAAGCCGUACACGAACAAGCACUGUGCGGGGUAGCUUGCAGAGCAUCCUUUUCUGUUGCUCUAAUAGAGUGUUUACGGUAGGCAACUUGUGCGCCUCUUGUUUUUCUGCGGUGGUUCCGAUCGUGCAUGCAGGUGUAGACCAGACGCAAUUUCACUACGCAACAAGCGCUGCUCCAGCUGGCCGUCAGCGGCGUUCGGUCCUGGGGAAACAUUUAAUGACAUUAGUGGGACUCCGUCGGUAAAACCUCAUCCUAGGAAGGUGCCAGCGAAUCCAAUUCGACUGAUUCUUCAAAGGCGAGCGCUGUGCAAGAUUAUGUUCAGGUGCUGAGCUUUUCUCCAGAGUAGCGGGCAAUGUCAAACGUCAACGUCUGGAGAUGGAAAACAACGUAACAGGCGAACUGCACCCAGUUUAUCAUCACCAUCUGGAAAAAUAAGGCUUUUAUUUGUGCAGCGUUCGAUCAUUUAAAUCACCGCCAUGCCGCAAAUGUUGGGGUUGUUCACCACUGACCAUGUGGCAAAGCUCAGAAAACGGCACCAGUGCACUGAUGAUGACGGUCUUCGCUGGUGAUGCUCAGAUGUGGGAGCGUUACAGUAACUGAGAAUCAAUCUUGUAGUGACCGCUGGAGACGUUGACGUGGACACAACAUCUGCUAGAUUUGAGUGAGUGUGUGUGCAAUAUAAUUAUCACUUUUUUUUAUCUCGACAGUUUUUUCAUUGAGGGUAAAACAGUAAGUCGUGUCGACACGCAUUUUACACGAAGCCUUCACCAUGGAUGAAGGUAAUGCCAACGACUCAGUCCCAGAUCUGAAAGACCUGGAGUUAAAGAUCGGGAGAAAGACCCCCGAGGGUCUCCUGAAGUGGAUGCGGGAAGAAUCUGCGCAUCGUGGGGAGUCCAAGUCAAGUAUCCCGGAGUGUAUAGAUCGAGACCCGGCCAGGAAAAGCCUCGACGACAAGAUAAGAAAAUUGAAAGUAGAGAUGGCUCACCUGCGCUCGGUGGACGUGCGGAUCCUGCAGCAGCUGCUGGCGGUGCACGAGGGCAUCGAGGCGGUCAAGUGGCUGCUGGAGGAGCGCAGCACGCUGACCAGCCGCUGCAGCAGCCUGACCAGCAGCCAGUACAGCCUGGUGGACGGCCCGGAGGCGCCCACUUCCUGGCGCGGCAGCUGGGGCAGCCUGCACGACCCCCACGACCCCCACGACCGCCUGGACAACAUCUCCAUCGGCAGCUACCUGGACACGCUGGCUGAUGACAUGGACGAGUACGGAUGCCCGUCCAGCUCCGAGUCCGUGUUGUGCUCCACGCCCCUAGGGGGCUCCACUGCUGAGAAGCCUGCGGCGCGGACUGGUGGGGGUGAUGGGGGCGCAGGAGCCGGGCUGAGCUCAGGGAGCGGAUCUCCCGUGGUCAAGCAGCCGGAGGCCCCCAAGGAGGACGUGUGGACCAGGAACCCAGACGCCGGCCGAGCGGCCUCCUCGUCCUCCAAGCCGCCGCCGGCCCUGGACCGCACGCUGUCCCCCAAGGCCAACGGCAUGUGCGAGUCGGCACGGGCCUGCCUGGCCGAGAAGCUGGGCAAGUCCCAGAGCCCCAAGGCCAAGCCGUACCAGAACGGCCGCGUGGAGCUGGACACCUGCAAGCUCAACGGCAGGGUGCACCUGGAGUACGAUGCCCACUGGCGCUGGGUCCAGUCCCAGGACGACGUCACCUUCCUGUGACCUGCGGCCCUGCCGACUCCUGACACGCCGACACGGAUGCACUGACAAUUUUCAUGCAGAAAGGCCAAAGGUCAACCCAGACUGGCCGGGGGGGGGGGGGGGCAGCGAGCAUGCUCAGACAUUGACCUGCCGAGGACCUGUGUGUGCUAAAGGUGUUGUGGUGGAUGUGCAGGGAGGAGAGGUGUUGUGCUGGAUGUGCAGGAAGGAGAGGCGUGGUGGUGGUGGUGGUGUUUUUUUUUUGCGAUGUUCCCAAAUCCGGUCCGGGUGUUUACAUCUGUGUGCCUGCAUGUUUGGUGUCAUUUAGUAGAACGUGGAAAAAGCCCGUUGACGACCGCACGGCACCGCCUCCAUGAUGUCAGUCCGGGUCAAAACUCAAAUCAGUGAUGAGUUGAAAUCGAUGAAUUAACUCCCGAUUCUAUGCAUUGUCUGUCUCUUCUGUAUAAUCAAAAGUCUCUUAACUUAACUAGUUACUUACUUCAGAGGUCUCAGUGUAUAACUCUUAUUGCAGUAGGGUAAAGAUAUCUUGCUCCUAAGUUGUCUAUAUAGACCACUGUGGAACCCUUUGGGUAGGUCACUUAGUGUACCGUAUGGUUAGAGAGUGGACCAAAGUCUUUUGCUUAAACAAUCCCUUAUGUUCAAAAUGACGGCUAAAUAUUUUUGUAGUCAAACAGUUUCUAGAAGAGUAUAAAACUGCAGUUAUCAAAGCAACAGUUUCUAGAAGAGUAUGAAACUGCAGUUAUCAAAGCAACAGUUUCUAGAGGAGUAUGAAGCUGUGAACAGGCUAGCUGCUUCGCUAACUUCUGUCGCUGUGUGUGUGUGUGUGUGUGUGUGUGUGUGUGUGUGUGUGUGUGUGUGUGUGUAUGCAUGUGUGUAUGUGUGUGAGUCUGUGGCACUGUCUUGCUCUCAGUGGAAUCUACUUAUGAUUAUGCACUUACAAUAUGUGUCGCUGCUCAUGUUUGUAGUAAUACCAACUCAACAAAUAUGUGUAAACAAUCUAUGGCAAUACCUGCGUUGUAAAUCAGGUAAGUUUGUGUGUGUCUGUGUGUGUGUGUGUGUGUUUGUGUGUGCAUGCGUGCGUUUGUGUGUUGUGGUGCCCAGACAUAGCCAGUGUUAAAGAACUGCAUGAUUGUGUGCACAAACUGAGCUGAGAUACUAGUGUCAGUGCAGUAAUGUAUCAUGACCACUGUGACUGGCUAGUUUAUUCAUAAAUAAAACAACAACAUGUGUAUGUAUCCCCA